UUAGACGUUUGCAACUUUGUUUUUAUUAUUUGGUUACGAGGUAAACAUCUGCCAACAAAUCAAAACUAAACAUUUUUCUCUGGUGAAGUAGCAAGCUUAAAAGAUGAAGGAAUUGGUGCUAAUUAAGAUUUGAGAGAAAACCCAGUACGUACGACUCAAGAUUUCUCCAGACCAGACCAAACAUCUCUCGCUCUCACGUUUAAAAAAACAGACUGGCUUAGAGUUUUCCAGACCAGACCAGAUACCAGACCAAACAUCUUCACCAAGUUGAUAAAACCCAAGCUCUCCUCAAUCCCACCUACGAAUAUCCAUCAGACGCGUGUCACCACUGCCUCGACAGCAGCAUCCCCUCUGGCUUCCGCUCCGAUAAUAAUCAAUCCGAUAUCCAAUACAAGAGCACUCACGUAGAGCGGCCGGCCAAAGCAGCUGACACCCCUCCUACCCUGUAAGUCUGUAACCAUGAAGACAGAAAGAAGAGGCAACAGUGCACCGAUCUCUCUACCAUACUCAUACCAUGGUCUUUUAUUCAACAACCCUCAAGGCUCUUUACCUGAAGCCGCGCUUAAAGGACGACGCCUAGAUGGAGCUUGUACAGAGAAGCUUCUCCUUCACUGUGCAAGUGCCAUAGAGAACAACGAUGUUACCCUAGCUCAGCAAGUGAUGUGGGUGCUCAACAACGUGGCUUCUGCAGUAGGUGACUCCAAUCAAAGGCUUAUCUCUUGGUUCUUGAGGGCCCUCAUUUUCAGGGCUUCUAGGGUUUUCCCUACAGCUGCCAUGAAUUUUCAUGGCACGACUGCCCUUGAUCAGAUGAUUCAGACCAGAUCUAUGAGUGUGACUGAGUUAGCAGGGUAUGUCGACCUGAUCCCUUGGCACAGGUUUGGUUUUUGUGCCUCAAACAGUGCAAUUUUAAAGGCAAUCCAGGGGUACCCAAGAGUACACAUCAUAGAUUUUAGCAUCACUCAUUGUAUGCAGUGGCCUACACUCAUCGAUGCCUUGGCCAAAAGGCCUGAAGGUCCUCCCUCAGUCGGAAUUACUGUGCCCUCCUGUAGACCUCCGGUGCCUCCCUUGCUUAAUGUGUCAAGCGACCAAGUUGGUUUCCGUUUGGCGAAUUUCGCGAAAACCAGGGAUGUUCCUUUCGCUUUCCAUGUUAUCGAUUGCUCAUCUUCCUGCAGCAAAUCUGCUGGUGCUGAUACUUUAUCGGGUGAUUUCUCUAGAAGCUUUCAUCACCUCAUGAGUCAGUUGAAUCCUUGCAUGCUAGAUCUCAGAGAUGAUGAGGCCUUGGUCGUCAACUGCCAAAACUGGCUUCGCUAUUUGCCUGCUGAUCAUCUGUCUUUGCGGAAUACAUUCCUGGAGGUGAUCAAGGGUCUUAACCCUUGUAUAAUGACUGUGGUCGACGAGGAUUCCGAUUUGGAUUCUUCAAGCCUCACAUCAAGGAUUACUACAUCCUUCAAUUACCUGUGGAUACCGUUCGAUGCCUUGGAGACCUUUUUGCCCAAGGAUAAUGCGCAGAGGAUGGAAUAUGAAGCCGAUGUUGGACAUAAGAUUGAGAACAUCAUUGGUUUUGGGGGGAUGCAAAGGAUUGAAAGGUCUGAAUCCGGUUUUAAGUUGUCACAGCGAAUGAAGAAUGCAAAUUUCCUCCGUAUUCCAUUUGAUGAAGAGACUGUUGGUGAAGUCAAGCUUUUACUAGAUGAACAUGCUAGUGGGUGGGGAAUGAAGAAGGAAGAUGAUAGGUUGGUGCUCACAUGGAAGGGACACAACUCGGUCUUUGCUACGGCUUGGGUUCCAAUUAACUUCCAAAGUAGCUAGAGCUUAUUUGAGGAGGAGGAGGAUUGAAGGGGCCGGGACCUUUCUGGGCCUAGCUACCAUGAGAGAUGGAUUAAUGUGUUGUGUUAUUCACUUAUUUGUGGUCCAAGGGAAGAGCAGAAGACAAAAUGGAAUAGCUUUUCCCCUUUGGAAAAAGGCUGCAAAAAGGACACCAAGUCAAGUCAGAAAGAAAAACAGCAGGCCGAUCUCUAGUAAAUUAAAGUUCAUGUUGCAUUUCUUUACCUUGUUCCACGUCAAUAGACAAAGAGAGAAAUGUACAUAUUGUCUUUGCAUGAUACAAAUUAAGCUGAGAGCUAUCAUUUACCAGCUGGCCUUAUUAAUCGGUCAAGGUUAUGCCCUUAAUUAUUUGCUAGCUUGACAUGCAAUUCCAAUUCUGAUGAUGGUGCCAACUGCCAUUUCUUGUACUGCCGACUGGGGCUAAUAUUUGCUUAGCUCUCGAAAAUGAACCGAAAUUGUGGCCAGUUCGAUCCAAUUCCAACCCGGUCAGAACAUACAGAAAACCAAAUUAACUAUGAUUCUGUAUGCACUCUGUUCGGAUUCCAAUAUUCAUUUCAGCAGGUGUUUGGAGAAGAUCCAGACUUGAUAAACUAGCUUGUUUGGUAACCGGAUCGAUAUAUAGGAUUGAUGUCAA